AGCACGCGGCGGGCGCGUGAUUGUCUGCGGUCAACUCCUUGUUUGUGCUGCGAAGGUUGGACUAAAGUUGUUCUGUGCGUUCGAACCCGGUCGACCCAUGCAUUCCAUUUACAAGUUUUGGUAGAAAAGCAAACAUGGCGGAAAAGUUGCGUUUGCUUGAAGAUAAAGAAAGAAAGAAAAAUUGGAAGCGUUGGGGGCCUUAUUUAUCGGAGAGACAGUGGGGAACAGUAAGAGAGGAUUAUUCUCCGGAUGGAAACUGUUGGGAAUAUUUGAGUCAUGAAGAGUCACGAUCACGUGCAUACAGAUGGGGUGAGGAUGGAUUGCUUGGUAUUUGUGAUCGACAGUGCAGGUUGUGCUUCUCCGUUGCUUUGUGGAAUGGAAAAGACCCGAUACUAAAGGAGCGUCUUUUUGGGUUGACAGGACCGGAAGGCAACCAUGGGGAAGAUGUGAAGGAGAAUUAUUAUUACCUUGAUAGUAGCCCAACACAUAGUUACAUGAAAAUGCUUUACAAGUAUCCACAAAGUGAAUAUCCAUAUGCGGACCUUGUUCAUACAAAUCGAAACCGUGGUUUACAUGUAGCAGAGUACGAGUUGGAAGACACUGGAGCUUUCAAUGACAGCAAGUACUGGGAUGUGAUGGUGGAAUAUGCCAAGAACGACCCACAAGACAUUUUGUGUAAAGUUACAGUCAGCAACAGAGGACCAGAAACUGCUGAAAUUCAUGUUUUGCCAACACUGUGGUAUCGUAACACAUGGAUAUGGGGGUGCACACAUGAGGGUUGUACAGUGAAACCUUCCAUCACCAAAGUAAAUGAGAAGAAAGUGACUUGUAAACACCAAACACUAGAUAAAAUGGAAUGGAGUUUUGAGGAUGUACCAAACCAACCUGAACCCAAACUGCUUUUCACUGAAAAUGAAACAAACACAAAAAUGUUGUUUAAUAUUGAUCAUUAUACCAAGUACACAAAGGAUGCUUUUCAUAGAUAUAUUGUUAAAGGUGAAACAGAUGCAGUAGCUGCUUCAAACAAAGGAACUAAAGUAGCUGCUCAUUACAAACUAACUGUACCUGCUGGGGAGAGUGUUGUUCUUCACUCACGAUUAGUAGAAUCAGCAACUGCUACGAACCCGUUACAAGGUAAAACAAAUGAUGACGUGAUCAAGAAACGAAUACUAGAAACUGACGAUUACUACAAGAGUAAAUUUCCACAAGUAAAAGGUGAAUGCAUGAACAUUCUGCGUCAGGCUUGUGCUGGACUACUGUGGUCCAAACAGUUUUAUCAUUAUAUUGUCAAUGAUUGGUUGAAAGGAGAUGCAGACCAAGUUCCACCACCAGAAUCCAGAUUACAGGGCCGAAAUAAAGACUGGAUUCACCUUUUUAAUCGAGAUGUGAUUUCAAUGCCAGAUAAAUGGGAAUAUCCAUGGUAUGCAUCGUGGGAUUUAGCUUUCCACAUGAUACCAUUCUGUAAGAUUGAUCCUGAGUUCGCUAAGAGUCAACUCUUGUUGUUUUUACGCGAGUGGUACAUGGCACCAAGCGGUCAGAUACCAGCUUAUGAGUUUGCUUUCAACGAUGUGAACCCACCAGUCCAUGCAUGGUCUGUGUAUAGAGUAUACAAACUUACUGCACCAAAAGGACAGCGGGACCAGUUGUUUUUGGCACGCUGCUUUCAAAAACUUAUUCUCAACUUUACUUGGUGGGUGAAUAGAAAAGAUCCUGAGGGCAAAAAUGUAUUUUCCGGUGGUUUUCUUGGACUGGACAAUAUAGGUGUAUUUGAUAGAUCCAAACCAUUACCCACUGGUGGCCAUCUGGAACAGGCUGAUGGAACAGCAUGGAUGGCAUUCUUCUGUGUAGUGAUGUUGGAUAUGGCACUUGAGCUUGCAAUGCAUGAUGCUUCAUAUGAAGACAUGGCCAGCAAGUUCUUUGAACAUUUCAUUAUGAUUGUUGAUGCAAUGAAUGCUGCUGGCAAUGGAGAAGGUUUGUGGGAUGAAGAAGAAGGAUUUUACUACGAUGUCUUGAGGUUUCGUGAUUCAUCUCAACCAUUGAGGGUUCGUUCCAUGGUUGGUUUGAUCCCUCUGUAUGCUUGCCUUGUAUUGGAUGGUGAGAACACACAUCAACUACCCGGCUUUAAAAAGAGGACGGAGUGGUUUUUAACCAACAGGAAAGAUCUGCAGUCUCGGAUAACUUUCAUGACUGAGGAAGUUUCGAGCGAUGGAAAACCAAGUCGAAUAUUACUUGCCAUACCAACACUUGCACAACUUAAAUGUUUACUCAAAUAUUUACUAGACGAAAACGAGUUUUUGUCUCCGUAUGGGAUUCGAUCGUUGUCAAAGGUUCACCAGAACAAACCAUUCGUGAUGUUUGUUGAUGGAUCUGAACAUAGGGUUGAUUACGUUCCUGGUGAAUCCAACACUUAUUUGUUUGGUGGAAACAGUAACUGGCGUGGUCCUAUUUGGCUUUGUGUGAACUACCUUAUCAUUGAAGCACUUGAACGUUAUGAUUACUUCUAUGGUGAAAAACUAAAAGUUGAAUGUCCAACUGGAUCUGGUAACUUUAUGAGACUUAAGGAUGUAGCGAAGGAGAUCAGCAGAAGGUUGGUUUCGUUAUUCGAACCGGAUCCAGUGACCGGACGCAGACCGUGCCAUGGUGACAAUGAUACUUAUGCCAAGGAUAAGUUCUGGAAAGAUCUGGUUCUCUUCUAUGAAUAUUUUCAUGCUGAGAGUGGUAGGGGUUGCGGUGCAAGUCACCAAACUGGUUGGACAGCUGUCGUUGUGAAUUGCAUUGAAAGGAUGUUCGCUUAGUUUGUAUAUACUCAGUAUAUCAUUAUACACAGAAUAGGUACCAACUUUUAAUCAUGAAUAUAUUCCUUCGUACAUUUU